AGGGUGGAUGGGACGGGUUAGUCCUGUGUUGAAAUAGUUGUUUGACUUGCAAAGCAGGCCUAUGUGCUCUUGGACUGGGCAUUGAGAGAAGGCCCUUCCCUGGAAGUUGAACACCCGGGACACGGAUAGCUGCCGCGCUGCUGUGUGCUAGGUUGUCGGCCUUGUCACCCACAAGCAUGAAUUAGUGAUAAGGAAUGUUUCAAGCUAUGAGGAGGCGUCGGGAUCAGCUCAGCGUCUUUACCCCACAAAGCCGUGACCCGAGGUCAGCUAUAUGUACAGGAUAACGCGCCAAGCAAGCUUGCAGCAAAGCCUGGACUAGUGCAGGUGCUGUGUAUCUGUGUUAGAGAAAAGCAGGUUGCCUCAGGUCUGGAUGGGCUCACAGAGAUCUAUUUCCACCUGUGAAGGGCGUGACCGACAGGCAGACGGACAGACGGCAGGACGGAUACACGGGUGGGGGCGGUGCUAGGCGGCUCGGCGGCAGGCUGGUGGAAGAUGUCGUCAGGAGCCGGUGGGAGGGGUGGCAGGCGGCUCAGGGGGACAGCAGGCAGCGGUGGUGGAGGAGGGAGAGGAGGGGCAGGGGAGGCAGAGGAGGGCCCAGUGGGGAUCCCUUUCCCUGAGCACAGCGCAGACAUCCUGGGCAGCCUGAACAAGCAGCGGCUCAGCGGCCUGCUGUGUGAUGUGCUCCUGGUUACGCAGGACCGGGAGUUCCCAGCUCACCGCUCCGUCCUGGCGUCAUGCAGCUCCUACUUCCACAAGCUCUUCACUUCAGGGGCCGCCGCUGACCAACAGAAUAUCUACAACAUCGACUUUGUGGCAGCAGAGGCACUGGGAGCGUUGCUGGACUUUGCCUACACAGCUACAUUGACAGUCAGUCACAGCAGUGUGGCUGAUAUCCUUGCUGCUGCGCGCCUCCUGGAAAUCCCACCUGUCCAGGACGUCUGUACACACCUGCUGGACACCAAAGUGCUCUCCCUGCCGACGGGCAGUGAGCGAAGAGAUGAAGAUGACGAUGAGGAAGGGAAGGGCAGAGGAGGCAGGGAGCAGGGGAACCGAGUGCGGGCCAAGGAAUACCUGGAGUACUUCCAGAGAGGGGCGCACUGGAGCAGCAGCUGCAGCACGCCAGAGCUCAGGGACCUGCCCACACACCUGCACUUUAACCACGGGAAUGGGGGGGGCCCCAGCAACGGGGCUCCUGCUGGCCCUGGUGAGUACUACUCCCCCCUGGCCCUUGCCUUGGCUCAGGCCCCUACACUGGAGCCAGAGGAAGAGGAUGAUGAUGAAGAGGAAGAUGAGGACGGGGAGGUGAUGCAGGGGAACGGAGCAAGUCUUGGGUCAUCUUACUACCCUCCAUCCCAAAAUGGGCACUUCUACCUCCCACCUGAGUCUAGGCUUGGGCAGGAGACAGAGGUGGAGGAUGGAAGUAGAGAGGUGAGGGAGAGGGGUUCUGCCAGUGCCCUACUGCAGCAAAUGAUGGACUCCAUCGAGAGGCAGAAGGAGCGUGAAACAACCGGGGAGGAACAGGGCGAUGGGGAUGACCCUGACAUGGAAUUUUACUUGAAUUAUUUUAACAGCACGCAGCAUGAGGAUCCAGCCUCUGCUGCCAUGACACAGGGAGUGCCGCCGCUCUGGUUAUCACGGGGCAGAACAGGCCAAGACAGAGUAGGAGAAGGAGGAAGAGAGAGGGGGGAGGGAGAGAGAGGCAGCGGGGUCGGAGGAGGUGGAGGCGAGAGGAAGAUGCGCUCCAAGGCCUUCCAGAAAUGCCCCAUAUGUUCCAAGGUCAUUCAAGGAGCAGGCAAGCUACCCCGCCACAUCCGAACACACACGGGAGAGAAACCUUAUGAAUGCGCCAUCUGCAAAGUGCGCUUUACCAGGCAGGACAAGCUCAAGGUUCAUAUGCGGAAGCAUACAGGAGAGAAGCCUUACCUGUGUACGCAAUGUGGAGCCGCCUUUGCUCACAACUACGACCUGAAGAACCACAUGCGCGUACACACUGGCCUGCGCCCCUAUCAGUGCUCAAGCUGCUUUAAGACUUUUGUGCGCUCCGAUCACCUGCACCGCCACCUCAAGAAGGACGGCUGCAACGGCAUCCCCUCUCGUCGAGGCCGAAAGCCUCGGGUGCGAGAGCCAGGGCUCCUUGAUGCCCCCCUGGGUCUGCUGAGCCCAAGCUCCGACACAGGCCCCGGGCCUCGUACCAUCAGGGGGCGGCGGCGAUCGGAGGCAUCCUCGGCACCAGAGGUUGAGGGCGCUGCUGGAGCCCAUGCACACAGUCCUCAACUGCAGGAGUUGGCAGGGGAGGCAGGGCCCUGAGACUGCAGGGGGCGACAAGGACACUGCUGGACACCAUAGUCACUCUGCACCGCCUGUGAGACAGGCCAGUGAACAGAGAUGGAAAAAAAACACGCAAAGGCAAACUUAAAAAAAACAAACAACAACAACAACUAACUAUUCCUCUAUAAACCAAAUCAGGGUGUCACAAAAAAUCUAAUCUUUAUAUUUCUUUCUCCUUUUUACUUUAGGAAAUGGAGUAGACUUGCAAGCACUUGAGUCGGUUUAUCUGUUAAAGAGCAAAGAACGCUUCAAAUCAUGCACCCAUGACGUCCACUUUCUGGGCCAUUUCUUUCUUUAUAAUAAUAGGGGUUUUAUACAUUGGCAUAUGUGCUUAGGCAAAUGUAUGAUGGGUACAAAAAACACUUGGAGCAACUAUGCAGUUGAUUUAGAUUUUUAUUGGUUUUGUCCUCACAGCCUUCAAAGCUCUAAGCAAGGUGUCUAUCAAGCACCUUCUGGCUGCUGUACGGGUGAAGCGAGAACAAAUCCUCCCAGAGAAAACAACUCUUUUUCUAUUCUUUUGCAGUUCUGAAAUGUACAGUUACCAUAGAAACAACAUUGCCACAAUAUGGCAUAUGCAAGAAAAACACCACAAUUUUGAUGCAACAGUUUUCUCUCUCUAAAUGUUCCAGAAAGAAUCAGACAAGGGGUUGAUUGAAGUGUUACUUACUCCAUAAAAAUGCAUUUUAAGAAUCUACGGUUUGUCUUAUUGAAAAACAAAUUCAUGUUGAGUCAAAUCCACUUUAAUGGGGGCUCUUCAAUUGCAGGAUUAGGGAAUAUGAGGGGUGGAGGGUUUGUGUUUUUAAAGCACUACCAUCGCCAGUCUAUCAGUUGGCUUGACUCCUUUUGCUUCUUAUCUCUCAAAACCCUGCAAUUUCAGCAUUUCUGUUUUCCUUUAGAGUUUGUCUUAACUUUUGGUCGUUCCUUUUUGUUGACUGCUUCGGGUACUUGACACUUUAUAAUUGUAUACAUGUAUAUACAGCAGGUGGUGAUGUUGACAUUAGUCCCCUCUUAAUGCUGAGGUGUACUUACCAAUCCUCUUAGGCUUGAUGUCAAAUUUCUCACAGAGUGAAGCUUGUGGGUGGACGAAAAAACCUGUAUGAAUGUUUGAUGGGGGGAAAAAAAACCAUUGAGUCACCCAUUUGCCCUAAACUUAACACUUGACUUGUAUAGUUCCUGCCCAAAGGAUGAGAAGGUUGAAUGAAUGAAUGUGCUUAACUUUGUGCAGUUUUUUGGAAUCUGUCCUUGUGUGACAAGGCGAGGGUAGCAUUUAACCAACCACAGGUUAAAGGAAUGGCAGGGAGCCCGAGUAAGAGAAUGACAAAGAGUACGAAGGAAAGACAGAUGAGCACCUUUUUUUUCUGUUUGCACAGCUUUACUAAAGAUAUCCAACAGAGCGAGAGAGAGAGAGGUAUAUAUUUAAAGGAAGUGGGCUGGUGUUGGGGAGGGAGUGAGAGGAGGUUUAUGUAUCAUGCUUAUUCCAAUCUUUUUUGCCCUAGGGACCACACAACCAUGAGGCAACCUGUAUGAUGAAGAGAGCAAUAAAUACCUGUCCAAGUUGAGAGGCCAAAUAGGAGCGCAGCUGCAGCUGGUCGAUGGGGGAGGGGAACAAGGGAAGGGGAGGGGGAUCUCACAAUGUCUGUUGCAUUCCAAAAAAUAAUCUCCCCCAGCUCAGCCACGUUUCCAGGCAGGAGGGGAUCAAAUCAGGCCUUUUCUCUCCCUCUCUCUCCCUCUGUAUUCCUCUAAUGCCCCCGAACUAGCCUAGAGGAGAUAUUAUUAUAUUAGAGCCUGGUGUUACUGUGGUAAGGACGCCUGGUGCUGGCAGUUGUUUGUCAGUGUGUUUACAUGUACGUGUGUUUGUGUACAUGUGUGUGCGUGGCAGCCAGGGUCGCUCUGGCCACAUCAUCAGUGUGUGAGUCAGCCACAGCCUGUUCAAACAUGCACCCUGAGCUGCCAGCCCCAAUGCACUUUCUGUCUCUCUCACACACACACACACACACACACAAACACACAUACACAUACAUACAUACAUACAUACAUACAUUGCUCACUGGGCCCAGGUAGAAUGAGAAAACACCAGAGCUAAUAUAUUUGUUUGAAUAUUGCAAAUGACUCCAUACAUCUGGAUUUGUUAGUCUUAAAAUAUCCAAUUUUUUGUUAUUGUACUCCAAAAUCCAAUGUUAUUUUUCCAAAUAGCACAUUGAGCUUUUGAGUCAAGAGAACAUGUGUGUCACCGCCACCCUGUCAUUUCUGCCGUAGUGCUAUAGUUCAUCUAUCAGUCCUUUGCACCUUAAUUGGAAAUAGGCAGGUUAUGAAUGCACUUUUGUCAAGAAAACGGGUACUUUCAAACAAACCAGUUGCAAAUGAGUUCAGUCCUUUCUUCUGUCCAUGGUGGUGAAGUUGAGCUCCUCCACUGGUUUGGUUCAGGUUUUGACGACCAAGCUGCCAAAAAAAGUCUCUCUUCAGAUCUCUGAAAGAGAUGCCGGGUGGGUUUCCAAUACAAAUGUUGAGUUUUGUGACUUUCAAAGACUAAAUCAAUCCAUGUAGCUGUUCGCACUUGAAGUUAGCUGUUGCUGAAAUCUAGCAGAGUUGUCUGUAUUUCUUAAUGUAAAGAAAGCGGCUAAAAAAAGGAGGCAGACAAAGAAUAAAGGGCACUGGGUGUGUGUACAUGCAUUUUCUUUUCACAAGCAUGUGUUACAGGCUGGAGUGUCUGCCCCAUGUGUUCACCAGUUACCCUCAUAACUACACGUGUUUUCCGAGGAGACACGGUGAAAAUAGGUCCAAGGUACCGCAGAAGCAAAAAUACCAUAUUGUAAAACAACUCAUUGGACAGUUGCUUGUUUACUUCACGGCUCUCUUGGUGCAGAUUUGCAUAACUUUUUGUUUACCCUGGUUGGUGAUUGUCAGGGGUUGGCUAGGUCUUGGUAGUUUUAGUUUCUAUUUUUGCUUCUCUGUUAUGAUGAAGAUGGGCUUUAUUAAUUUGCAGUUUGACUUCCACAGGCAGACCAAUGCAAGCUGGGUGUGUGAUCUUCAUGGACUUAGUAUAGACCGCUUACAUCAAUUUUGUGUUGAUGUGGCAGGAUGUAAGACCUGUUUGCCAUCUUAAACACUGUUUCUUUGGACCUUAAUAUGUCCCCAUACGUCUUGUUUUGUUGAUUAACCAAAGCUUUUGCCCUCAAUCUUAGUCUACUGUAGACUAGAGAUAUUGAAAGUAUGUCUAUAAUUUAUCCCGACCGGGCCUCCUUGACUUAGCCACACACAGAUGCCCUCUUGAAUAGAUAUGCAGAAAUGUGUGUGAAAUCUUACAGAUAUCAUACAAAUACUUACUUGAGUUUUCUUUCUCUUGCUCUUUGUAUCCUUGUGGACAAUAGAAUCAGAGGUGUAAGGAUGUAUAGUUUUUUUUCUGUCUACACUUGUUUUCCCCUAAAAUAACUUGUGCUACAUUUUAUUUUCUAACAGUUUGGUGGGGGUGUGUGAGUGAUAGUUUUGGGUUGCUGUGUCAGCAGGGUGGGGUAAAUGGGUGCUUGGGUGGGGUUAUGGAUAUAAAGCCUGAUAGCACUGGAAAUGGUGCUUUAGCUGAGAGAGCAAAAGUUUGCACUAAUGUCCUUGUCCUGCUUAUGGGAGAAGGGCCGGUGACCUCAGAAAGGCCUGUGAGUUUCCAUGAGCGCAGAGCAGUGUGGUUAAUCAAUGGUCUCUUAAAGGGUCCAUCCAACCCCUCCGUAGAAAUAAGAAAUAUACAGACGUCCAACAACAACAAAUACCAAAGGAGAAGAAAUGGCUUGCAUUCAAGUCAUUGGACAUUUUAAGCUACCAAGUUGGAUUAAAAAUGUUUUUAAUUGUUAAAUCUGAAGGCUCUUGAAAAGAGAACUUUUGAUGGACACUAGAAAUGGUGUGAUUACAGCUCUUCAUAUUAAAUAAUAUUCCAAAUAUAUAACAUUGAGGCACUUAGAAAUUUCAAAGCCUCAUCGAAAUCAUUUGAAACAUUUGAGUUUGUCCUGGUCUGAUGGCUGAGAUGUACUGUGUGCAGGUGCCAGAUAUAUUAAAUCCAGUUCUUUUUCAAUUUUACAGAUGGGAUCUUAUCAACAUUUGUCUCAUGUUCAGUCAACUGAUAAAUAAUGAUGAUGAAAUAUAUUGGUUUUGAACACUGUUAUUUUGAUAAUUGCUGAACUGGAUGUUUUCAGUUUACUUUCCGAAAAGAUUGAAUUGAAAUGUUCUGUAAUUGAAGCAGACUGGGACUUUGUGGCCUUGUCUGAGCAGCACUAAGCUUUUUUUUUGUUUGUUUUUUAAUGUUUCCAGACAGUUGUAUUGUGCAGUGUGGGGCUGAGGCUCUCUCCCACCAGGUUGACAAUGCUAACAUCAAGGGCCACAGUGUGCCAACUGACAAAACUUACAACUUUGUCUUCUUUUUUUUUUUUACCAUAAGCACUUUUCUUCCCAUAUUUAAAAACCAAAUUGUAAAAGCUGAUUGACUUGGUACUAAAAUUGAUCAUUUAGUUGUUUAAGCUUUACUUGAAUGAAUAUUUAUUUUUUAAUAUAGUUUAUAAUAAUGUCUCUGUACUAGCCACUACUUCAGAGCUUUGUCUCUGUGAUCCUCUAUGGAUCCACAACUGGUGUGUCCCCAGCCUCAGCCGCAGACCAAGGUUACUCUGACCCAGGCUACACUCAGACAGUCUCAGAACUUUAUUGCGUGUUUAUCCAAAUUGACCUUGAUAUGUUUUGUUUUUUUUGCCUAUGCUGUUAUCAAAGAGUUUUUGUGAAUCUAUCUGAGAAGGCCAUAAAACAAAGACAACCAACAACUAUGAUAACAAUUAUAACUGUAAAUAAUCAAGCGAAGCAGGACAGGAUGACUGUUAAUAUUGAGAUUCGUGGCGGCAGACGGGACUAUUUGCUUUGCUUCGUCAUUUCGCUGCACACCUGAUUAUUUUUAUUUUUUUUGUGCUUUCCAUCAGGCUCUCAAUGCACAGCAAGCGGAGCACAGCAUAUGCAGUACGGCACUAUGCGCAGCGAGGCUCUGGCACUUACACAGACAGCCCUGGGUUCUUCAGAGAGGCAGGCUGCUGUCUGUUGGCUGCUCUCAGCCAAGUGGGGACAGUUUGCACUUGGAGUCUCUCUCAGUCUCUGGGGAUACAAAGGUUUACAUACAGGGAGGAGGAUUAAAUACGGGUGGUAGGGGAAAGCAGGAUGUUUUUUUUUUCAGGGAUGGGGUUAGAAAGCCCAGGUGAUGGACUCUUUGCUGAGCAAUGGUUCCAGUGUUGGUCCUCUUUAGCUGGUAGGAAUUGCAUGGCCACAAUAUAAUAAUUUUAAUGCAAAGGAGUUCACAACAGAUUUCACAUUGGGGAACGGUAACAACGAGAAUGUUGCUGAUCUCUUUUGUCUCUAUGUAAGUACUACUCAGGUGGAAAAUACACUGCUAUGCAUUGGAUUUCAGUGUCUGCUAAGUUUAUGGUAUGUCUAAUCACCCUCCAAAUUACUUCUCUGUAUUUGCCUUUCUUGUUCAUACCAAAAUUUAACAUAAUAGUUCCCAGAAAGAUAAAAACAGGAACAGUUCCCUUGUUAAAAAAGUGGCUGUGACCAGCCGAUUUCUCCAUCUAAUAUUGAUCUAGUGAAUUGUUUGUUAGAGGGAAGGAAGCCACUGGAGAUUGGGAGUGGGGGGGGGGGGUAUGUUCUCCUUCUCUCUUCUCCCAAUGCUCUCCCUCUCUCCGGACUCGGUCUACAUCUUUGCUGGCGACUGGCCUUUGAUCAAAGAUCACACACCCUUUGUCGGGGAAUCGAAAGGAGGGAGAGGGGAUUGGAUUGGACUGUUUCAGUUUUCCGUCACCUAAACUAAUUUAAGAUACAUUCCAUAACUUCAUACUGUGACUCCCACUUUGGAGUUUUUGGCAGGUGUAAAGGAUGUGUGUUGCAGACGGCAGGAGGAAAUAGUCAACAUUUUGCAGUUGGCAGAUUCAGUCAGUCUGUCUAGCCUCACUAUCCCUCCACAGUGUGACACACAGACAUGUAGGCAGACAGUUAAAAGGCCCCGUGGUGUACCGCUAUACAACUGCCUUUUUUUCAGCUUCUGCGAUUGUAACAAAAGCACUUUGCGAAAGGCCAUCCUGAAUUUUGUGUGCUCUUAUUUCAUGGUUAUCACUAUUGUUAUUAAUUUGUUGUUCUUGUUGCUGUUUUCUCAGUGGAGAUGAUUAUUUAAAACAAAAACAAAAAACAAAAAUUUGAUGAAAACAAAAAUGAAAACACUUGAAUAUUUGGUAUCUGGAUUGAAGGUGGUUUGAGCUGCCACCAUAUCUGGACAUAAACAAACACUUCUCUGUUCCACAACCAAUACCUGUUAUAUGCAGCUUAUUGCAUAGUCACACAAAAGUAUGGGGGGGGGGAGGUGGGCACUGGACCAACCUCCCCCUACCUGCUCUCUGCUUACUGUCUUAGAUCUUGUUGGGAGAAAGGUCAUUUGAUCUCAUUUUGGGAGACUCCUUUUAUUGAAAAAGAAACCUGUAUACAGUUGCAAAGCUUUCUGAGAAGGCUGGCUGUGCUGAAUGUUAAACAUGCAGUGUUGUAUCUACUGCAGAAUCUUUUUGUCUGCAAUAUCGCCCUGUCUGUAGUUAAAUGCUGGAUCUGGUAUCCAUAAAGAGCGUAAAUGAUUAUGAAAGACAGAUGAAAUGGCCAAACGACCAUCAUGCACUUUUGCAAAUCAGUACAGAUUUUUUGUUUUAUUUUUUUUGGCCUUAACAUCGUUGUCAAAUCAACAUUAUCGCAGUGAAGUGGGAAGAAUAUUGCUCAUGAAAAACGUUUAAUAAAUCCAUAGUUCAGUAAAUGUUUUGACUUGGGAGAGAGAGAAAUGGGCUACUAUUUAUAAUAGAUUGAUUUGUAACUGUGAUUAUUAUGAUAAUCCUUUCCAGAGGGGGUGUUUUUUUUUUUCCUGAUGUACAUUUAAAAUGGCUGAAUAUGUCCCAGUUCUCAAACCUAGAUAUUAAUUGUAAAUGCACACAAUACCCGUAGGCAGAAAACUGUCGCUCCACUCCUUCCUUGUUGCACAUCUGACCACACCCAGAUCUGUUUCACAACAAGUGUAUCUCAAAGGCAGAGCACCUGCUGUGGCAUCACUAAUUGAAUGGAGCGUGGCCAGAGAGUGCAACGCCAUUGAGCGUUUUAACCCGCAGAGGGCAGCAGCCGUUUCCUUCCCCAUGUGACUCAGUGUGGGUUUACUUUUUUAAAUAACCCUUUCUCUUCACAAAGUUUUUUUUCUUAGCUUAGCAGUCUGUUAGUCCAUAUCUGUUUGGAAGCUGCAGGUGGGGUGGCUUUAGGUGAUUUUUUUUUUUUUUUUUUUUGGAGAAUUUGCACUUUUUGGCGAUGAAAAGAAAUUGUAAUGUAUAUGAGACCACUAAAUCCACACAGUCUAAACCAUAUAAUUCCAUUUUGUGUCAUUUUUUUUUUUUGUUCUGUUCUUAUUUUUUAAUAUAUCGAAAAAAAAAUGUCUGGCAUCUGGUUGUCUGGUUUAAAGAAUAUAAAAUCUUUCUAUUAAAAACAAUGGUUGCAAAGCUU